GUCUCUCUCUCUCUCUCUCUCUCUCUCUCUCUCUCUCUCUUCUCCUUCUCUCUCUUUUCUCUCCAUCGACAUCUCACACAAACACACGAGCACCACCAGCCACUGCCCCUCGGAUGAUGUUAGUUACACGAGCACCAAUCGAUUGAUUCCGAGCUUGGCAUUUGAUUUUAAUUCCGAGCCUUGGAUUAAUUCAAAUGGAUGCGCAAUUUCGUUGGCUUUGAUUGAGGGAUCCGACUUUGGCCAAACAACUUUGCUGAAAAAAGAAAAAACAAAAGAAAUGGUGAGUCAUUACAUAGAUGAAGAUGUGAUGGUUGAGAUUCUUGUAAAAUUACCGGUCAAAUCUUUGUUGCGAUUUAAGUGCGUCUCCAAAUCUUGGUCCUCUCUCAUUACAAAUCACAGUUUCAUAGCCAAGCAUCUCACUAACAGUAACAAGAAGGAAAAUGGUUGCCUCUUCGUUCAUAGGAUUGAACCCAAAGAUGCAAAUAACUUUCCCAGAAAAUAUACCUUUGCUGUGUGUCGUGACAAAUCCCUCACAGUUCCAGUAUUUGAAUAUCUUGGUCUAAAGUUGAAUGCAAAAGUGCACGUCAUGGGUCCUUGUAACGGGAUUUUUUGUCUCUUAACCAAUUGGAAUUCUGUGGCUCUAUGGAACCCAGCGAACAGAGAAUCCAGAGCUCUUCCCCCAACUCCAUUCCUCCAAGAAUGGAACUCGAGAGAAAUGCUUUUGGGUUUGGGAUGGAUCCUUUCACUGGUGAUUAUAAAGUGGUUUCAAUUAGGAUGUACAGCUGGGGUUCCGGCCUUGAUAUUCACCCAUCAAGUUACCCUAAACACAUUGCUAUAUAUUCAUUGUGUGAUGAUUCUUGGAGAGAUUUCAAGGGUUUUUUUCCAGAAUGUAGUGUUUCUUCCACUUGUAAGUUCUACACUUACAUGGAUGGAGUUUACUACUGGAGUGCAUGUAACAAAAAUGAUGAUGCUACGAAAGUCUCAUUUCAUAUGGGCUACGAGGUGUUUCAAAACAUAUUGGAGCAGGAUGAACCGGUGCCGUUCAAAGGGAUACCAGAGCUAGGUUGUCCUCACCCAGGAACUAAUUUUGUCGGACAUUAUUUUGGAGUCUACAAUGGCUCUCUUGCUUGGAUACAAUCUUAUCCAACACAUUACGUGGCACCAAACGUUUUCAACAUUUGGGUAUUGAAAGAAGAACGUUGGACAAGAGAAUUAAUAGCUGGACCUUUUGAAGGAGCAAUUCCGCUUGGCUUUUGGAAGAAAGGUGAGUUCCUCAUCCAAGUUGGGGACGGGCAUUUGUACUUGGUAGACCCUAUUACCCUUGAGAUGAAAGAUCUUCGAACUGUGGCUUCUCAGGCUAUUGUUUACCAUGAGAGCCUGGUUUCUGUUCAGAGAAGAGACGAAGAAUUGGAUCAUUCAUAUAUUACACUACGUCUUAAUUUCGAUUCUUUCUACUGAGAUGUAUUUGGAUUUUCAAAUUAGGAUGUAUAUGAAUUUUAAAACUACUCAUUUGAGAACUUUCUUUUUGAAUAA